UAAAUCCAAAGUCAACCCACAAAAUUAAACCCUAAUUCCCCUUUCAAUACUAUUUUAAACCUAAACCCUCUCUCCUUUCUGUCUCUUCAAUGCACUUUAGAGCCAAAGCUUCCUUGAUUCUGAUUAUUUAAAGUAUAUUCUUCCUUUUAACCAAUUAUUUUCUCAAAUUCCCAACUUGGGCUUCUUUGACUUGUUCUAUUCACCACCAUUUCUAUAUAAACCAAUCCCAACCCCUUAGCUCUGUUAUCAAUAUCAUCAUCAUCAAAUCUGAGAUUCAAAAUUCACUUUUUGUCUUACAACUUGGAAAGGUUAAAUCAAAUCGAUAUGGCUUCAAAUGGGUUUCUCUUGGCUACUCUGUUUCUGUCCUGUUUCUUGGGAUUCUCCCAUGGAAAUAUCCAUCUCUCUUCUCUCCAAAGAACUUUGGAGGUCACUGCUUCACCAAAACCUGGACAAGUUCUUAAAGCGGGUGUUGACAAAAUCAGUGUGACCUGGAUUUUUGUUGGGACUGACAAAGUCAAGUCGGAUUCGGAUUACAAGAACAUCAAGGCGAAACUCUGUUACGCGCCGGUGAGCCAAGUGGACAGAGCGUGGAGGAAAACAGAGGACGAUCUUUCCAAGGACAAGACUUGUCAAUUCGACAUCGUGGAAAAGCCGUACAAUCCGGCGAACAAGACGGUUCAAAAGUUUGAGUGGACGGUAGAGCGUGACGUUCCAACGGCGACUUUCUUCGUCAGAGUCUACGUUUUAAAUUCCGCCGGCGAUAAAGUAGCGUACGGCCAAACCACUGAUGAUAAAAAAGGAACAAACUUGUUUCAAAUUGAAUCGAUUACUGGUCGUCAUAUCUCACUUGAUAUUGCCUCUGUUUGCUUCAGUGCCUUCUCUGUUGUGUCGUUGUUUGGAUUCUUCUUCAUCGACAAGAGGAAGGCCAAGAAGGCGGCGGCGGCGGCGGCGGCGCAAGGGCAUUAAGUUAAGAAAAGGUGGGAACUUUUGCUCUGUUUUGAGUUUCCUUCUCAGCUUGUGACAAUGGCGAUCUGCUUGAUCAAGAGUAGACUUUAUUAUUAUUAUUUUUUAAAAGUCUUUCUGCAUUUUGGGUUUCUCUAAUGCUGUAAUUUUCUAGGGGAAAAGAAAAAAGAUGUGUUGAGAAAAAGAAGGGUAUGGUAUGAUCUGAUAUAUGGUGAAAAAUAAAGUGUACUAAUGUGUUUAAAUGUUGAUGUGGAAAUUUUAAUGACAAUAUUUGAAUAUUUCGACUUUUGGGGUUU